AUUUACCCAUUCAAACUAAAGCACCCAUGCCUCUAAUCCCUUAAUUUUCGUAUCCAUAUUUCCAUCUUCCACACGACAAAAGAUAAGUGGGUCGAUCGAUAUUGUUCUGUGCACAUUAAGUGCUUCGCUUACGACGUAGCCAUUACACAAAUCAUUGCCAGAUACAAUAACACAUCAUAGAGUGAAGAUAAACAUAAAUGAAUUAUGUCAGUAUAAUAAUUUGUGAAUAAAACCGAAUCAUAUGAUUAGUGCCAAGGGACACGUUUUAAGGGAUACGUUGAAAUUGAUACAAAAACUCCUCUUGAGGGCGACAACAUACUUUAAAGUUGUCGAGUUUGUUAAGAAGGACGCCAUACGAUAUCUCGGGAACGAUAUCAACAUACACACAUACAUAAUAUUAUGAAUAUAUUCAUAGGCAAUAACUAUCACUCAAAGAAUCUUGUUAAAUUGAAAUAGGAGUAAUUAACUGCAACUUUAUUACGUAUUAUUUGACAAAGUAAUAGUUUGUAUGGAUAACAAAAUGGCGGCUAAAGCGGAGCCGAUAGGACCUAGGAAUGGGCAUGAAUUGGCGCCGUUGAAUACAAGAGCUGAUGGCAGCGAGCGACCCCAUGGGGUGACCAUCGUCCUCCAAGGAUCCAGGAACUCCUUGCAGAGAGAGGCUCCAGACGAAGACAGAGCAGCGUGGUCAGGGAAGCUGCAGUUCUUUCUAUCCAUUAUCGGCUAUUCCGUCGGCCUCGGGAACAUUUGGAGAUUCCCAUAUCUGUGUCAACAAAAUGGCGGCGGUGCUUUUCUGAUUCCCUUCCUCAUCAUGUUGGUUUUGGAAGGCAUACCGCUGUUCCUUAUCGAAAUGGCCAUUGGACAGAAGAUGAGAUUAGGAUCUCUAGGCGUGUGGAACACUAUCCAUCCAUGGCUUGGCGGGAUCGGUAUAGCCAGCUGUGUCGUCACUCUGUUCGUAGCCUUAUACUACAACGUCAUCAUCACAUGGGUCUUCUUCUACCUCUUCAAUAGUAUUAGGCUUAGCGCCGACCAGCUACCUUGGGCGCACUGCCCUCAAGACAACGGCACUGCUGAGGCGGAAUGCACCAAGGCUUCAGCGACAGUAUACUACUGGUACAGAGAAGCACUCGACGCAGCACCCAGCAUCGAGGAGCCGGGGGUCCCUCGAUGGUGGAUCGUCCUGUACUUACUUCUGGCAUGGGUCAUCGUGUUUUUCAUAGUGAUGAAGGGAAUUCAGAGUAGUGGGAAGGUGGUAUAUUUCACAUCAUUAUUUCCUUACGUUGUGCUGACAAUAUUUUUUGUACGUGGAAUCACUUUACCGGGAUCAGCUGAUGGCGUCAUACAUAUGUAUAAACCAAAGCUCGCAAAGCUCUUAGACCCGACCGUAUGGUUGGACGCGGCUACCCAGGUUUUCUAUUCGUUCGGGCUCGCGUUCGGUUCGUUGAUAGCGUUCGGUUCCUACAAUACACCGAACAAUAACUGUGUUCGCGACGUCCUGCUCGUGUCGGUGUGUAACGCGCUCACAGCCAUAUACGCUUCCGUGGUUAUAUUCAGCAUCCUCGGCUUCAAAGCCUUCACCAUGGUGGAGAAAUGCGUCAGCAAGGAGAUCAAAGUCCUGGCGCUGCAUCAUAUCGGUGGGUUCACACUGAACUCCAGCCAGGAGUUCUAUGACGAACACUACCCGCAGCUCAGCGCUAACAUCACAACCGCUCUCAAUCUGACCGGCUGCACGAUGAGCAAGCAGUUGGAUGAGGCUGCUGAAGGGACUGGUUUAGCGUUUAUAGUUUUCACCCAAGCUAUUCUCAAGUUGACACCGGCUCCGUUCUGGUCCAUAAUUUUCUUCUUGAUGCUGCUGUCUCUGGGUCUAGGAAGUCAGAUUGGUAUCAUGGAAGGCAUGUUGUGCACUAUCUUCGAUAUUGAUUUCUUCAAAAGAUUCAGCAAACCUGUUAUCACUGGCGCUGUAUGCACGCUAUGUUUUUUCGUGGGUCUCAUCUUCACUACGGGAGCUGGGGAGUACUGGCUCAAGAUGUUCGAUUCAUUCGCUGGUACCAUCGGUCUGGUGGUGGUGGCACUGCUUGAAAUGGUAUCCGUCAUAUACAUAUACGGACAUGAGAGGUUCACCAACGACAUCUACGAGAUGACGGGCUACCGUCCAGGAUGGUACUGGCAGGUCACCUGGCGCUACAUAGGACCGGUCAUAGUCUCAUGCAUCCUAGUGUCUUCUUUAAUCUUCAUGUUGUUAAACCCGCCCAUGUAUGGAGCCUGGAACGCUGAGGAGGGUCGUGUGGAGAAGACGCCUUACCCCCCGUGGGUGCUGUUUAUCGCGGUGGCGAUGAUACUAGCUGGGAUCCUCCCCAUCCCGGUGGUGCUCCUCCUCAGACGGUUCCAAUGCUUGGCUCUGGAUGUAGACAUCCACCAGGGCUCCAUCAGGAGAAUCGAAACCACCGUCUCCACCAAGGAGAUGAUGAGCGAUCAAGAUUCUUCCGAUUCGGAGAGUCAGGUCCGAGCCACCGACCGUUACGAAGAUUCUAGUAGUGACGAUGAAAUUUUGAACGCGAAGUAUUCAACCGGAACAGGAAUACGUCUCUCCAUGAAACCCAUCGGUCACAAUCCCAACGCAUUCAAAAUGGACGUCGUCGACUGAUACUUGCUUUCCUCAUAUAAAUUAGUAAUAUCCAGAAACUCUAUGUAUUUAUAACGUACUGUUUGUUUAAUUUUACUUAGAUCAUAUAUAUUUUCAUUUCGUGUUCGGUAAUUUUACCAAGGACUUUUUAAGGUUUAUAGAUAUACGAUGGAAUAGUUAUAAUUACCUGCGCUGUUAUUAAUAUUAGUAUUUCCUCCAUGUAUAACGGAGUUCGUAAUUGAUAACGCAUUUGUAGUAAGUAUUAUGCCAAAGCCGUUCUGCUAAUCGACAUACAGAAUGCUUUUUAUCAAAUUGCCAUACAACCUUAUGAACUAUUUAGAACAAAACUCUUUAAUACAUCUCCAUGGUGAAACUGAUGUAAAAUAUUAGUUUUAUCAUAUUAUUGGACAAAUAGCAUCAGAGUCGAUAGAAACAUAAAUAUUUAUCUCCAUUCAUUGUAAGUAAUACAAGUAGUAUACUUAGACGACUCUCUAAUUUACUGAUGGUUCUAAAUUACUAGAUUCCCGCCUUUUUCUUCUUCCCGGGUACAAGCUUACGUAUUUCGUUGGAUAUUUUGACAUUUCAAAAAUUAAAAUAUGCUUAGUCAAUUAAAACGAGUACUUUAUAAUGUGAGAUUGGACGAUGCAACAUUAAAAGAAAAAUAGCAACAGACGUUUAGGUUAUAUAUUAGUCAUUUAGGUAUUUCACAAUAAGUAUUUAGUACUUAACAUAGCAAUAAGGUUAACAUAGGAUUGAUACAGCACUGUAGUUAGUAGGUAUAGCAUGACUUUGUCUAUAUUAUUUGUAGUGUAUAUCCUCUUAACAGGCAAAUUAUAAUAUAAAUCAAAAUUCCCUUUCCAUUGACAUACACGGUUAAAAAAAAAUGCUUGAUACGAAAUUAUGUCCAGCCCUGACAUAGCAAAUGUAGAAGUGGUGAAGGGAUAAUUUAGUGCGAAUAAAAACUGUCACACCCAUCGGAAUAGUCACAAACAAUAUACCACACGUAGACUAUUAUAAUAAACAAUUUAUUACUAACAUUAAAAGUAGCGAAUAGUUUAAAAUUAAUUUAAAAUUCUACGAUUUAUAUCUCGAUUGUUUUGUUUAAGCAUAAUAAAUGUCACUAAAAUUCCAUUGUUAAAAAAAAUAAACUGAAUUUAGAAGAUUAUGGAAAGCCAAAAUUACCACGUAGUGGCAUUGAUUAUUUGCUUUGAGCAAAAUCUUACAUAUAUUAAGACGUCUUUAUAUGAAGUUAAAUAUUAAUUUUAAUUCGGUUACGAUAACUUAAGGCCGGAAAUUAAGAGCAUACUUGGAACACAGAGGCCUUAGUUUUAUCUAUUACAUGAUAGGUUCAACGAAGACGCAAUCCAAAAUACAGCUGAGGAUACAUCAAUGGAAUUCAAUUUAUUCAACGACUCGGUUCCCGAUUGAUUUUGUUUUUCAUGUCAAAGUAUUUAUUUAUUUAAGAUUCUAGUGUUUAAAAUGUUUCGUUAAGGAUGUAUAUUUAGAUGAUGUCAUACGACGUAGCACCUAUUUAAGCGUACGACGCAAAUACACUAUCAUCAGGGUAACGUGUAGUAUAGUUGUUUUUGUUACGAUUAAUUAGUUCUGUUCUCUUCACCAAAAUACAUAAAACGCAAUUCUUUCUAUUGAUUUUAACAUCUCCAUUCAUAGCUUAGAACUGAGGGUUUUGGUUGUACCGAAAAUAUUAUAUUAAAUUUAAUUUAUUAUUGUCAUUCUUAAAGCAUUUUUAAUUAUUUUUUUUCGUUUAGAAGUCUUCGUCAGAAAUAACAGAACAGCAAAUAUAUAUAUUUUUUUUAUUGGCCAUGACAAAAUUUGGCCAUUUUAUUGUGCAACAAAAUUUUUCUUUUAAACUAUCGUAUCUAAUCUAAUCAAAUUUAAGAGAAGUUACUCAAAAUCUGUUCUUUUUUCUAUUAACAACAGUUUUGUGGAAAAAAAAUAAUAAUAUGAUUGACACAUCAAUAGCAAAUGAUCGCUCAAACGAGCUAUACUAAACGUAAGUGUUUUUCCGUAGAUAGCUUAGGGAUGACAUCCCACUAGGCGUAGGUAAGAUAAAUUACAUUUCGAAAUGCAAAUUAAAAAUUUUGCCACCUA